AUGGGGCGGCCAGUGCGAAACAGCUCCCCGCCAAGAGUGGCCCCCACCCCUUCUUCCAGGGCCACAAAACUUCCCCAGUCUGCAGUGUGUCUUCUGGGCCACAGCUGCUUGCGAGGGUCCUUCCCCGCUAGUCCCUGGCCGACCCCGACCCCAAUUGGCAAGAUGUGUGUGUUUCAGGGGCGCACAUGUGGUCUCACGCAGGCAGAAGCGGGACCUGAGCCCCAGCUCUGGAGAAUCCUGCAGGCACAGCUGGAGUCAGCAAAUCAAACACACCUUCAGCUCAUCUCCAUAUCUCUGAUCGAGAGCGUUUCCUGUCAGGCAGGCCACAGCUCUAAGCUCACAGAUUACCACACAUGCAAGUCGUGUGUGUUUUAG